UCCCCGCGGGAGUUGGCGCGGCGCAGUCAUGGUGGGCCACCUGAGCGAGGGGGCCAUUGCGGUCAUAAUGCAACAGGGAGAUACAUCCAUAAAACCCAUCCUCCAAGUCAUUAACAUCCGUCCCAUUAUUACAGGGACUAGUCCACCCCGUUAUCGACUGCUUAUGAGUGAUGGAUUGAACACUCUAUCCUCUUUCAUGUUGGCAACACAGUUGAACCCUCUGGUUGAGGAAGAACAAUUGUCUAGCAAUUGUAUUUGCCAGAUUAACCGAUUCAUUGUUAACACUCUGAAAGAUGGAAGGAGAGUGGUUAUUUUGAUGGAGUUAGAGAUUUUGAAAUCCGCUGAAGCAGUUGGAUUAAAGAUUGGCAAUCCCGUGCCCUAUAAUGAAGGACAUGGGCAGCAGCAGAUAGUUCCUUCCUCGGUCUCAGCGGCCAACCCACCAGCCAGCAAGCCCCAGCAGCAGAAUGGAAGCUCAGCAAUGGGUUCCACUGCAUCUAAGACUUACGGUGUCUCAAAGACACUUGGAAAAGCUGGAGGUACCAGCCUCGUGAACAGUUCUGGAGGAACGCAGGUCAAAGUGGUACCCAUUGCCAGCCUCACCCCUUACCAAUCCAAGUGGACUAUCUGUGCUCGAGUUACCAACAAAAGUCAGAUCCGUACCUGGAGCAAUUCCCGAGGGGAAGGGAAGCUUUUCUCCAUAGAACUAGUUGAUGAAAGUGGUGAAAUCAGAGCUACUGCUUUCAAUGAGCAAGUGGACAAGUUCUUUCCCCUUAUCGACAUGAACAAGGUCUAUUAUAUCUCCAAAGGCACCCUGAAGAUUGCUAACAAACAGUUCACAGCUGUUAAAAAUGACUAUGAGAUGACCUUCAACAAUGAGACUUCUGUCAUGCCCUGUGAACAUGGUCAUCAUUUACCUACAGUUCAGUUUGAUUUCACAGGGAUUAGUGAGCUGGAGAACAAGCCUAAAGACUCACUUAUAGACAUAAUUGGGAUCUGCAAGAGCUACGAAGAUGCCACCAAAAUCACAGUGAAAUCUAACAACAGAGAAGUUUCUAAGCGAAAUAUCUAUUUGAUGGACAUGUCAGGGAAAGUGGUCACCACUACUCUGUGGGGGGAGGAUGCUGAUAGAUUUGAUGGUUCUAGACAACCCGUGAUGGCUAUCAAAGGAGCCAGAGUUUCUGAUUUUGGUGGACGGAGCCUCUCUGUACUGUCUUCAAGCACGGUCAUUGUGAAUCCUGACAUCCCAGAGGCCUAUAAGCUUCGUGGAUGGUUUGACUCAGAAGGACAAGCCUUAGAUGGUGUUUCCAUCUCUGAUCUAAAGAGUGGAGGAAUAGGAGGGAGCAACACCAACUGGAAAACUUUAUAUGAGGUUAAAUCAGAGAACCUGGGCCAUGGUGACAAGGCCGACUACUUUAGCUCUGUGGCGACAGUAGUGUAUCUUCGCAAAGAGAACUGUAUGUAUCAGGCCUGCCCAACUCAGGACUGCAAUAAGAAAGUGAUUGACCAACAGAAUGGAUUAUACCGCUGUGAAAAGUGUGACAGUGAAUUUCCCAGCUUCAAGUACCGCAUGAUCCUGUCAGUAAAUAUUGCUGAUUUUCAAGAGAAUCAGUGGGUCACUUGUUUCCAGGAGUCUGCAGAGACCAUCAUUGGACAAAGCACUGCUUAUCUUGGGGAGUUAAAAGAGAAGAAUGAGCAAGCAUUUGAGGAAGUUUUCCAGAAUGCCAACUUCCGAUCUUUCACAUUCAGGAUCAGGGUGAAACUGGAGACCUACAAUGACGAGUCUCGAAUUAAGGCCACCGUGAUGGACGUGAAGCCGGUGGACUACAGAGAAUAUAGCAGAAGGCUGAUCAUGAACAUCAGGAGAAACGCGCUGAUGUGAGAAGAGCAGGGCUGAUGGGGCAGAAGUUUGGAGAGGCAAAGCUGAAAUGGAACCGCUUCCUUCCCCCCCUCCCCACGUGACGUUUCC